AUGUACCCCGUGUCACUGAUGUACGAGGCCAGACUUCUAUCAAGCCGCUAUCGUCACCUGACGCAAUCCCUUGCUUUCUUUGAUCCUCCAGCCUUUCUCCUCGCAAUUAACCACGCUACAUCCACAAUGGAGAAACUGUUGCCUAGCAUGGAACCUUCAAAUAACAUCCAGCUGAAGGAUAUCAAAAUCGUCCCAAAAUCGGCUCAGCCACUGGGAUCAUCAUCUGAUCCCACUGUCUAUCGUCUAGAGCUUGAACAUAAUACAAACCCUGUCCUUCCCAAAUCGGUCAUCGUCAAACUAGAAAAGAAAGAAGGGUUUCGGGCAUUUCAAAAGGAGAUUGACACCUACAACAAUUUGCAGUCGCUUCAAGGAACCGUGAUUCCAAAGGUUCUUGGCGAAGGGUUUUUCUGUGGUCGCCGUGCACUUUUUCUCUCUGAUGUGGACGGGAGAACUCUAUACGAAGCUGCUCAGGCCGACAUUGAUGAGAAGAAAAUUGAAACUUAUCUCGAGGACGCAUUAUAUGCUCUGUGGGAAUGCAAAGCAGAGUAUAAUGAUGAGAACCCGAACAAUUUUUUAGUUUGCCAUGAUCAUAUCGUCAUUCUCGAUCUGGAAGAUGUGGAGUUCCUCGUUGAAGAUCCAUGCUGGGAACGCAGCGUCAAUUCUGGCAACGUGGAGUACCUGUUGAGCAGAUACAAAUACAUGAGGAAUCCAGGUCGUCCUCGGUCACCAAUGGAUUUUUCAAGAAUCCAUUUGAACCGCACUAGUGCAUCGAGCAUGACCCUUGCUUGA